GUUGAAAAUCCUAUAAACAAGAAAUAUGUAUAUAUUUAGGUUGCUCCUCCUACCCCCUUGUAUCCCUUCUUUUUAGUUUUUUUUUCUGUCUUUUUUACACUCUUUCUUACUUUUUUUUAAAAAAAAAAACAUGAGCUCAACCAAUGAAUGGAAUGUCUACCCAUUAGUAGACGAUGCGGACGAUCGCACUGUAGAGGAAUAUCUCAUGGAUUAUGAGAUCGAAGACGACUGGCCCGAAUACGAAAUUCCCAAAGAUGAUAUUGUAUUAAAUAAGGAAGCAUUGACUGCCAUUAAACAACUCACACAGCCACCGCCCGUAGCAGCAGCAGCAGCAGCAGCAGCAAUAGCAGCCGAAGGAGGGAGUCCAUCUGACGAAGAAUUUCUUAAAUGGGUGAUACCCGCUCUAGAAAAUGAAACAGCGCAACCACAAGAAAAGAAGAACCCGAUCAACGCUAUGCAUCAAACUAAGGGUUUAUACAACCGGGUGAACGAGGAGACCGUACUAUCAGCACCACCAGCAGUGGUAGAGGCGCCAUUGUGUAAGGCAGCAGCAGCAGCAGGAGGAGGAGUGACAGUCAAGGUGCAACGUACAAUGAUGGAUGCACCCGAGAUAAUGACAAUGUUUUUGAUGACUUGUAUAGUCAUAUGGCUAUUGUUACAAUGGAAGAACUGGCGGAAAAGAACAUAUACCGAAGAACAACUCCCGUACUACCAUAUUGAGAAAGAAUAAGAGAGAAAUACACACUUUUCAAUUACAUACCCCCUCUUUCCUUUUCUUCUCGCCCGAAUAAUAACAUCACGCCUUUCUUUUUAAAAAAGACGCUAUGGAAUCAACAAAUUUCUGCGCUUUUUUUAAAAAAGGAAUAAACACGCAGAGCCACGCAUUUUAAGAAUAUGUUACACGAUAAAUAAAUAAAGCGCAUCCAUAAAAAAAAAAGGUGCCUCAUUUAUCCAUGUUUUGAAAAAUGACAUUGAGAAAAGCGGUUAGAUAACCGGGAGUAAAGGAAAUUCAUAU